AUGUAUGAAGAUGUUGCGUCGAUGGGCAACUCUGCUUGUAGGAAAUCCAUAAUUCGCAAAUGGAAUGCUUCCGAUGCUUGCGGUAAUACGGACACGUCGGAGCAGCUUAUCCAGAUAGUCGAUCGCACCGCUCCCGACGUCGACUUUGCCUCCGUCGUCGACAUGAGUUGCGGUGACGUCGAUGUCGGAACGUCGAACGGCAUCGCAUACGACGACGACUGUAGUGGCGGCGGAGUGAACGUGACUUGUUCUUAUGCUUAUCACGUCAACUACACGGUCGAUGAAUUUUACGGAUGUAUAGCGAGACGAGAGUGUGUUGUUCAGGAUGAAUGCGGAAACCGGGGGCUCCCGUUUCAGCAAACCAUUCGCUUGAACGCCAAGUCUUUAGAAGACUUCUCUGUGAAAUUUCCUGACGAUGUGCUGACGUGUGGUGUCGCUUCUACCGACCCUGAAAUGACCGGUAGACCGAUUAGUACAGGCUACGCCGUUUGUAAAUCAAACAUACGAGCUGAUCCUGAAAUUGAGUACAGUGACAUGGUUGUUUCUAUUGAGGGAUGCCGGGAUGUUGUCAAUAGACGGUGGGUUGUCAGAGAUGUGUGCGGACAAGGCGUUGAAUCCAGGACGCAGAUGAUUUCUGUUGUGCGCGAUCUGGCUUCGGCGGUUAUGUUUCCUGGUAACACUACCGUCACGUGCGGUGAUAGUAUCCACCCGGACUGGACCAGUUGGCCUGUCGUGCGAAAGAACUGUUCCGACAUCCGCUUCGUGUACUCCGACAGUGUCUUGAGAUGUUUUGUGAUAAGAUCGUGGAAAGCUUUCGACGUCUGUGGUAACGUCGUUGCGACGGCGGUUCAGGGUAUUGGAGUGUCUCACGGUUAUAGUCACUUGAGGUAUCAGAAGACUUUGUAUCGCUCUUGUGAUGAAGACGCGUCGAAAACGUAUCCUCACAUCGACAACAUAAGCUGCCACGGUGUCGUCAUUCAAGGGCCGUUCGUAUCGUUUUCGUUAUCGGACGAGGGUGGUGACACUUGUAGGCGGAUUGCUCAUCGAAACGUAACAGUUUCAAGCUCUUGUGGGGUUCUCCGUCGACACACUCAGACAAUUCACUAUUCGGAUAGGACCCCACCGUCUCUACAUUAUCUCCCUCAUGUAAAUAUCUCUUGCUCAGACGCUGUCAAUCUACCUGUGGCAGGUCGACCUUUUGCGAACGACUCAUGUAGCUCCCUCAACGUUACAUUUGAAGACCGUCUGUUUGAGAGCUACAUCGAGCGCAAGUGGUCGGCUCGGGACGGUUGUGGAAAUUCGGCGAAACCGCAGGUGCAACGCAUUGGCUUGCUCGAUCAUGACCUGACUUUGAGCCCAAUCGAGAAUCGGAGUGUCUACUGCAAUGAGUCAACGAGACCUGAACAUACGGGGAGACCGGCCGUAACGCAAGAUGUCAGUCAGUCCUGCCAGAAUUUGGGUAUCAAAGAAGCAGCGGUGACGUACGAAGACAGUGUGGAGGGUUUAGCUUGCCCCCGCAAGAUAAGGAGAAAGUGGACUGUUGUAUCAGCAUUGGGUAGUCACCAAACCAUCCAAGUUAUUAAACAAGUGCCGCGCCCUCUCAGGAUUACCGUUCCGUCUGAUGUGUUGCAGCACGAUUGUCUUGCCGGCAUCGAUCCUGCCGUUACUGGUCGAUCAGUGGUGUCAUUUGUUUCUGAUUUUUGUACCCCCACGGGGCCCCCCCAUUAUUACAACGGCGUUGAUCGUUCGCAGUCGAGUUGUACAACGGUGCUAACCAGGCACUGGGUUGCCAACGACUCGUGCGGUAACGUCGACAGUACGACGCAAAGGAUAGAGGUUGUAGACACGACACCACCUGCAAUUCGCGCUCCGGCAAACGUCGUUGCGUCGUGCGGCAACUAUCAGAAUGCGACUUACCUCGGAUUUCCUACCACUUCGGACGACUGCUCACGCGUCAGCACGACUUACAGCGACGAACUGUUGGGAUGUCGGGUGACGAGAACGUGGCACGCGCGCGACGAGUGCGGCAACGAUGCGACGAGUGUCACGCAGGUCAUCGAGCUGCGUCCGGGAAUGCCCGACGUCUACAUUCCCGGUAACGUCAACGUCACUUGCGACGACAGUCUCAGCCCAUCGACGACCGGAGUGCCUCUCGUGAUAGAGAGCCGUCUUUGUAGUUGGAAUGCGACUGCGGCAGUAACUGUCGACCACGCCGACACCUCGAGAGAGCACGAGAACUGCCAGACUAUCAUUAAGAGACGUUGGUCUGUUACAGACAUAUGCGGAAGCAGUUUUAUUGGUUUUCAGACCAUCAUCGUCUUGCAUAAAGCGCCGUCGAUCGAAAUACCUGUUGAUACGGUUGUUUCUUGCCGCUUAUCCAGCGACCUGGCGAUUACGGGAGAAGCGAAUGUGACGUCAUCUUGUCGAAGGACGCUCGCUUACCAUUCCGACAGCCUAAACGGAUCGGUACUGUUGAGGUCGUGGAGUGCGAGCGACGAAUGCUCUCGCGUCGCCGCUCCGCAAGCACAGAGAAUAAGUCUACUGGAAGAUCCGCCGGUAUUGCUCGUUCCGUCUAAUCUUACAAUGGAGUGUAAGGACGAUUUUCAUCCUAACCAUACGGGCUGGGCGCGACUGGAGCGGGAUGUUGACGGCAGUUGUUUUGAGCUGGGAGGAGCAGCGACCGUUGUCAGUUACGUCGAUGUGGCGGCGCGUGGAAAGUGUCCUGGUUUUAUUUUACGCCGUUGGACGGCUUCUACGUUCCUUGGUCAUGUUGUUGAAGGAGAGCAGUGGAUAACUCUUGGUUGUGACCUUUCCAGUACAGUUCCAGAGGAUGGCAAAGACAACGACUGUGAUGGCGAGGUCGACGAAGAACUUCGCAAUUUUAUCGACGACGACGGAGACGGAGUGAUCGACGAAGACCUGUCAACGAUUCCGCCACAGCUACAGCCACCCAGUCCCGUCAGUCUCACCUCAUGUCACGAUUCAACUGAUCCUCGUCACACGGGCUAUCCAACAAUUCUCGUAUCGUCGCAGUCUUGCAAUACAACCACUUUGACGCAUGAUGAUAAUGUGGCCAGAGAGACAUGCAAGCAACACAUAUCAAGAAAAUGGACUGUAGUCGACUCGUGUGGUAACAUCGACACCGCUAUUCAAACGAUCGUUAUAGAAGAUCACACUUCUCCGAAUUUGACGGCGCCGUCUAGCAGGUCGGUCACGUGUUCGCAGUACAGGAAUAUGACGGCUGACGGCGCGGGCAGCGCAUUGUCCCGGGACGACUGUGCCAGCGAGCCCACUGUGUCGUAUACAGAUCAGCUGCGUGGUUGUAUCGUUUGGAGAAUGUGGAGCGCUCGCGACGAGUGCGGCAACAUGGCCAAUUCGGAGAUACAGACAUUGCGACUCGGUGGUCCUGCAAUGAGCGUCGACUUUCCGAACGAUAUGUCUGUCAGUUGUAUGUCAAAUACGGACUUCGAAGUGACCGGGUUCCCCGGAGUCAGUCGGCCCGAUCUAUGCGACUGGAAUGUCACUAACGCCGUGAGCGUUACCCACACGAAUACGACGAUGGAGCUAGAAAAUUGUAACGUGCGUAUUGCGCGGAAUUGGCGCGUCUCGGACGUCUGCGGCCGUGAACUAAAUCACACGCAAAACAUAACUGUGCUUCAUCAGCCACCGGUAAUUACAGCACCAGAGAAUACAACGAGUAACUGCGAUGGCGUCGGAAAUCUUGACCUGGUGGGUCGAGCUAUCGUCGAGCGGUCUUGCAAAACGGUUAACGUUACGUAUGACGACGAACUCGACGGCACCGCAUUGACGCGUCGAUGGAAGGGCACCGAUUCCUGCGGUGUUUCCGCUUCACCGCAGAUACAACACAUUAGGAUACGCGAAGAUCCUCCACAACUGAUCCUACCGCGAAACGCGACAAUUUCGUGCCACGCAUCGUCUCAUCCUAACUCUACCGGUUGGGCCCAUUUGGAAAGAGAUCUCAGCCCGUCGUGUUUCCGUCUGAGAGGAUUUCAUGCCGCAACUGUAGUAGACUACGUGGACGACACAAUGGGAUUUGGAUGUCCACGUCACAUCUUGCGCCAAUGGAGAGCGACCACCUUUCUUGGAAACUCAUUCUACGCCAACCAGCUCAUCACGUUGAUAUCUUGCAACGUGUCGGAAACCGUUCCAGAGGAUGGCAAAGACAACGACUGCGAUGCUAAGGUAGACGAAGAAGCUCGCAACUUUAUUGACGACGACGGAGACGGACUGAUAGACGAAGACUUAGUGACUAUUCCAGUAAAAUUGGUGGCACUUCCUCCCGUGUAUCUCACAUCAUGUCGCAACUCGACGGGACCCCAACACACCGGCCGCCCAGGAGUUUCGAUCGUUUCGAAACGAUGCAGGCCGGUUGCCAUUACCAACAGCGAUAAGACAGUAGUGAAGACUUGUAGACGAGAGAUACAGAGAGAAUGGGUGGCGACGGACUCGUGCGGGAACGUCGACAUUAUAAAACAGUCGAUCGUCGUCAACGACGGCACGGCUCCGUCGUUGUCGGCGCCAACUAGUCGAACCAUCACUUGCCGUCAGUACAAGAACGCCUCCUUAACGGGUACCGCCGUGUCACGUGACGACUGCGACGGCGCCGUUUCUACUUGGUACGAGGACGAAUUCCGUCAGUGCGUCGUGUUGCGAACGUGGAGAGCUCGCGACGAUUGCGGCAACACGGCGAAGGCGCAAACUCAGGAGCUUGCGUUGCGUAUAGACCCGCCUACAGUACGUUUUCCGGGUGACGUAUCAGUGACGUGUGAGACGAACAUGACGCCUCGAGAGACGGGCCAACCAAAUGUUAACAACUUGGAUUUGUGCGGACAGGAUACCAUCGAUAUAAUCAGCGUGUCUCAUGACGACACCGAAACAAGGUCGGGCAAAUGUAAACAAGCUAUCUCGCGUACAUGGCGAGUCUCGCCCAUCUGCGGCAAUGAGAUAUCGCAUGUUCAAAACAUACUGACAACUCAAGACAACAACCUGCGAGCCCGAGGACUUCGAACUGCGUCGGUUUGGUACAUCACGACAUUAAUUUCUAUUUCUAUUUCUUACUUUCUUUUCACCUCCUAA